UUGAGAAGUAGUUAAAGGUGAGCAGUUGUCGGACAAUAGUGAGAUACAGUCAAUACACUUAAUAACCAGACUGGGAAAAGUCCAGAUGUAAAGUGGGAGCAUAUUUCAAGGGCAUGCAGUUUUUGUUUUUAUGUUUAUUUGUGCAACAAAAACAAAAAACCGGCGUUUAGAAAAAAAAAAGAAAAUUAAUUGAAUACACUCCGACUCGCCAAAUCAUUUCACGAAGCGAAAUGUUGAAUUAAAACACCAAAUCAACGCGACAUCAGGCGGUAUUAGUUUAAUGAACGUACACUGGACUCGACCGUUGUUACGGCAACACGCUUUCCCAUCAACUCUUGCGUCAUAUUCCCGCGCCGCGUGCGAUGCAGCCGUGGAGGACAUCGAGCAUGGGACACCUUGCAGGUUUAUUUCUUCUGAUCGUCCCUCUGACCUGCUCCCGUAUCUGGGGGGCUGCAGGUCACUCUCUGCCCGCCUGCCACGAGCAGCUGGAGUUCAGGUGUAGAGAUGGUUCGUGCAUCCCGAGGCUGAGUGUGUGUGACGGACACAAACACUGUGAGGACGGAUCAGAUGAGCACCGCUGUGGUCACCCGUGGUGUAAGAAAGACGAAUUUGCCUGCCGCAGCAGACGGUGCAUAUCUCUGCAUUUCCUUUGCGAUGGCGUGGACAGUUGUGGUGACGGGAGUGACGAGGCCUCCUGCAUGAACUGCACCGCUGCUGGCUUCUUCUCCUGCGGGCUGUCUGACGCCUGCCUGCCUGGAAACAAGCUGUGCGACGGACGAAUUGACUGCAAAGACGGGCGGGACGAGUCUGGGGAGUUGUGCGGUUGGUCUCAGCCACGUCCGCAGACCUCUCCCGCAUGUACGGCAUCUGAGUUUCAGUGUGGUGACGGGCAGUGCAUCCGCCAGACCUGGAGGUGUGACCACACACCGGACUGCUCUGAUGGCAGCGACGAGAACAACUGUGAUCAGAACGAGUGUCAGGUCAAUAAUGGAGGCUGCUCUCAUCGGUGCGUCGACCUGCCGAUGGGUUACCUCUGCGAUUGCCCCGAUAACAUGAGGCUGGUCGGGGACAGCCAGUGUGAGGAAGUCAACACAUGCCUGGAAAACGACAUGUGUGAUCAGCUGUGUGUUCGCAAGAACGACGGCGUCACUUGCGGCUGCCACAAAGACUACGAGAUGAAUCCAACAACUGGAGAGUGCAAGGCCAAAGGAGAUGAGGCUCAGCUGGUUUUUACCUCUUCCAAAGGACUACAAUGGUUAAGCAUCACUGGCACUGAGUACACUGAACUGGCUCCAUAUCUACCAGGACCGGGGCCAGUGGCGGCCUUGGCCUCUAACCGAACACUGUACUGGGCCCGGCAGGGACGAGGCUCCAUAUACAGGGUCUCCAUGGAUGGAAAUCCACAGGAUUCAGUGUUGGUGAUGAAAGUGCAAGGUUCAGUGUCAGGCCUGGCUGUAGACUGGAUCCACCAGCUCCUCUACUGGUCCAGUAUGGAGAACGGUUCUGUUAAUGUCGGCCUACUGGACGGUUCGGCUCAGCGGCGGCUUAUCACAGGACUGGACAAACCUUCUGCAGUGGCUGUGGAUCCUCUUCAAGGGCUGCUCUUCUGGACUCAGUGUGGCGUCUCCUCAAAGAUUGAGCGGGCUAGCUUGGCCGGUCGAGACAGGGUGGCUCUUGUCACUUCCUCAAUUCGCCACCCCGUCGCUCUGUCUCUGGAUAUGCCUCGCCAGCUGCUGUACUGGGUUGACCAGGGAAUGAGAACCAUCUCCAGGGUAAAUCUUGAGGGCCGUCACCGUAAAACAGUGGUAGAGUCUAAUGGUUAUCUGGACCGGCCCUUCGGACUGGCUGUGUUUGAGGGUUUUGUGUAUUGGAGUGAAGAAGUGACGCGAUCCAUCUGCCGAGCCAACAAACACAACGGCAAGUUGAACUUCCAAGUACUGCUGUCAAACGCCACAUCUCCGGGUGGUGUGGCCAUCAUUCAGCCUGUUCUUCAGCCAAACGGGCCAUCUGUAUGCGGACAUACCAGGAUGGUGUGCCAGCAUGAGUGCGUGGUCAACUUGCUGUCUGAGAGUCCAGAGUUCAGCUGCUCUCCUACAGAAACGGAACACAACAAGUCCCUUGAAAUUCCUGCCAUUUCUCGCACAGUACCUGAAUCGACUUUAUCAGAUCCUACAUUCGCAGGAAUCCUCUCUCUUAUCAUGUUUCUCAGUGUGCUGCUUGUGGGAAUGGCGCUGUGGUGGUGGAGAGAGGAGUUCAGGCCGUCCAGGUCUCUUGCUGAGCAGAGCUUCUCCCUCAAAGAGUCCCAGGACCCGCUCAUCAACCAGGGGCCACCCAUCAGUCCAAACACAUGUCUCAUCAAGGAAACUCUUCUUAAGCUGGACGGUUAACGAACGAGGUUUUAAACAGACGGUCAGCUGACUAGGAUUCACCUGGUGCCGCCUCAACCCCGCAGUGACCUCAGAGCUGACAGAUCGACCCGACACAAACCCAGACUGAUCAGCCUGUCGUGUCCCAACUCCCUCUGGAGGUUAAAACCACAAAUUAUUUGGUAAAUAAGUGGGGAAAAGGCUUUUUCUUGUUAGUAUCUUCAGAUUUGAAGAGGUAUCACUUCCAGUUUUCUUCUUGGUUGUUCAUGAUGAUGUUUGUUUGUAUUCCCUCUGCAAGCUGAGAGCAGAACUGAAUAUCAGCACAGAUAUAUAUCUAUAUUUUUCCAUCUAGGAUUUUUUUUUUUUUUAAACGGUGGCGUUACAGCUGUAGCUCUCCGAGACAGUGGAAAUGUGACGUUUAAAUCAGACUUGAAAUAUUAUUUGAAUAAUCCCUUUCACUGUUUUCUGAGAUUUUACAGACCAAGCGAUAAUUGAUUGAACAUAAUUGUUAGUUGCGGUCGUAAUGGAGAUGUUUUAUUUUAAUCUUUAGUUGCACUUUCUGCCUUAACUAUUUUAGGGUUUUUUCAUCCUCUUGCAAUUCACACAACAUUUGCAUUAUUAGGGAUGGAUUAUACUUUCAGACAUGAAAUAGGGAUAUCAGUAAUAAUUCUACUCCAUUUAAGAAAAAAAAAUGGUGUUCCACUGGUUUGUUCUUGGCCUUCAGGAUUUUUUACAGCCAUGGUUUGUCAGUUUGAGACUGUUCAGUCAGAGAGACGCAUUAUUGCUUGGUGAAUGUAUGCUUGCCUUUUAAUCGAUGAACAGUCUGAUCAGUUUGUGUAUUGAAGAAAAAAAUGCAGAGUGUUAAGUAAUUAGUGAGCUUUAUUGUACAGUAGGUACAUUUUGGACAGAACAAAGCUUGCUCAUUACCCCGUUUCCAGUGUUUAUGUUAAGCUAAGCUAACUGGCUGCUGGCUUAAGCAUAUUUGCGGUACACACAUGAAAAUGGUUUUUCGAUCUUCUUGUCUAACUGAGACGGCGUAUUUCCCAAAAUGUCACUCUUCCUUAAAACAGAGAGCUGUCUGGGUACUAAUGCAUAAAAAUGGAGAUAUAAAGCCUAGCUUGCAAUAAUACUGUUAUGUAGUUAGUGAAAUCAGUGUCAGUAAAGAGACAGAGGAUGUCUUUAGUGGCGAGUUUGAUGUUUUGAUGCCUUCUGAACACUGGCGCUACGCUGGGAGCAAAUAUGUGUUUUGUUUUGUGAAAUGCCUCGUGGAGGUUUCGUUUUUUUUCCUGUGCACAGAGCCUGCUAGGUGUUUGGUUAAUGGACCUGCCUUGUUUGAAUUCGUCUUUUUCUUUUUGUGAUGGUCUCAAAGGUCCGUUGGAUAACAAUCCAUCGGCGCUUAUUGAGAGAUAAUUCUGAGUGUGCUCAAACUGCUGAGUUGUGUGGUUGGUAUUUAUUUUUAAGAAAGUUUUAUUUAUUUGCAGGCAGAAAUACAGUCAUUGUCGCACUGUAUUUGCGCCAUGGAUAAAACUGUUAGAUGAAUUAAAUGAAUCAAAUAAAGCAUUUUGUUUUUCCUACA